AUGGCAGAAACUCAUGAACCAGACGCCAACGCGGUCAUGAGCCGUAAUACGGGCUCAGCAAACACUACUGUUGUCGAUUCAGGCGACAAUGAAAAGACCCAUGAGUUCAAUGAGCAGACAAAUUAUGUGCCAAAGCGAGCCAUUGUUACAUCGGGCAGCUCAUGUAUGGGAGAUUAUCUGAUAUAUGGUCUCGCAAAAUCAUCCUACUACUGGGGCUCGUGA